AUGGAAAAUAAAAGGGUAUUGAAUCAGGAAGAGAUUGAUUCUGCUUUGGCAAGACAACUUCACGAAGAAAUAAAUGGCGCUGAAACGCCUAAUCCCGCACUGGGAAGCAAUUCAAAUCAGACAUCAGGUGCGAAACUAAUAGCUUGUCCUGCGUGCACUUUUGUCAACACUUUUUCUGAUAUUGUGCCAGGUCAUACCUAUACUUGUGAGCAAUGCUUUACUGAUAUUCCUGUUUCUACACCGAAUGAAAAUCGUAAUGCAUCAGAUGACAAACAAAAGACAAUUAUGUGUACUGUUUGUCGUUGCUUGAAUCGAAUUCCUCAGGGAAAUUAUGAUGCUAUUGUUUGUGGUACGUGCUGUCACGAACUCAAAAGCAAGAAGGCAGAGAGUGAGGUUAAUCCUUCCCAGACGACUCCCGCCCCUACACGGCCACUUCAGGUUCGUUGUGGAGAAUGUAGUAGUAUCAACGCGUUGCGCGUUGGUAGGGAUGUGUCAACUCUGCGGUUUGAGUGCGGCUCCUGUCAAACAGUUAAUGAAGUCUCGCUUUAG